AUACCAUUCUAGUUCUCAACCUCUCUCUUUCUCUUAUAUCAAAGCGCACUCUAUUCAAUCCAACACAAUGGCGACCAUCUUUGAGAAUAAGAGAAUUGAGAGCAAUGACCUUGCAAGUAGAAUGAGGUUUCCUCAUGGUGCCAACUUUGCAAAUCUUCCAUUUGGUUGCAACAACCCUGGCCAGUUCGGAAGCUUGUCAGUUACAGAUGAGGGGGGUACUCAGUGGACGCUUACCAUCAAAAAUCAGAACGGACAGGUAUAUUUCACUGAUGGUUGGAAUGCAUUCAGAGUGGGGAAAGGCGUUACGGUUGGUAAAAAGAUCUCCCUUUACAAAGAUGAAGAUGAUCGAACUGCAGAAUGAUUUGAAUAAAUGUUGAAUGGUUUUUGAGUAAUCAGAAACCAACCAUCAAGAUUCUCUUUCAUUUUUCCAUUAAAUUAUGAACCAAUAAACUUUAUCCUUGUGAAAACCACAAACAUUUUUGGGUAAAUAAAAGCUGCCAAAGAAGGGGUUUUAAAUAAAAAUAAAAUAAAAUAACAACAAUUUAGAGUGGAACAUUAAACAAUUUCAGCUAUUAUUAUAUAAUAGGCUUCACAAAAGUUAUUGUUGUUCGCUUUAAUUUAUAAAUUUUAUCAUAUUUAAUAGAAAAGAAUAAAGGAGUACCACUUUAAGUUGCAUAGAUUCUAAACAAAUCAAGAAUCAAAUGGUACAUACCUGAUAAUCUGCUGCAAGAUUGAUAAAUCCUAUAUCUGCUAGUAAUGUCCCAAACUAUAUUCUCAUAUCUCUGACAUUUUUGCACAUACAAAAAGCCAAAAUCAUGAAUCUAGUUUCAAAAGAAAGGGGAAAAGGAAGGAGAAAGUGAACUUAACCCUAACCCAAACCCAAAUGACCGCAAUAGAUUGUCGAAGAUGAAAUCAACUUACCAAAACCUCCAAUGCCCACGACGACAAUAUCACCGGCCUCAUCAUCCUCCUACUCCUUCCUCUCCAACUUCAACCAUUGUCUUUA